AUGCCAUUUCACAAACAUGGCGGAAGUGACGGAGGCAGAACGAGGUGACUAGAUCUAAGGAACAUGGCACUGGCGCAAGCACAGGAUGUCAUCCGCUGUCAGUAUUGUGAAGACGAGCCUGCUCUCUUCCAAUGUUUUCCUUGUGGAGAUGAACUUUGCUCCAAAUGUAAAGUCUUCCAUCUUAAAAGCAAAGUUCCCUCUGGACAUAAAAUCAUUUCUUUCUCAGAGAAUCUUGAUCCAUCCAAUAUGAUAAAGAUGUGUGAAAAACACCCAACAAAACCGUACGAGGUUUGCUGUGAAGAUUGCCAAGUCCCUGUCUGUGUAAUCUGCAUUGAGGAAACCCAUGGAAAACACACCAUAGGAAAGAUGAAGAACCUGUAUGAAGAGCAGAAGACCAGUAUGGUGAAAGAACUACAUCAAAUGAAGAACCAGUUCAAAUUGCAAGUCACCCAAACUCUGGCAGAAACAAAAUCUGGGAAAUCCAAAUUAAAGAAAACCCAUGAGACGAUGAGAUCACGGAUGAGUGAAGAAGCGAAACAACUCAUCGACCAAAUUACUGCCAUGUUGAACAAAACCCUCCAAGAAUCCAAAGAUGACGAGGAAAAAGAGGAAGCUGAGAUAUCACAAUAUGAGACAAAAUUGGAAGAGUUCCAACAACAGCUCGAGAAGAUCAUUGAGAAAUACGAAAAUCUCACACAGAAUGGCCAUCCAGUGGAUUUAAUCUUGUACCGGAAGGAAAGUCCACACACAGUUAAGAAUUUAACACUUCCUGACAGAAUUGAAAUAACACCUCCCUCUUUUAAAUCUGGGAAAUUGCAGGAUAUGACACAAUUUGGGGAUCUUCUCAAGACAAAGAUAACAUAUCAGAAAGUGGGAAUACCUGCUAUCACAGAUGACGGAGAUCAGUCGUGGAAACCAGACGAAUCAAACAAAAAGUUGCUUGUAAAACCAGAGUUGUUGCAUAAGGUCGAUAUCAAGAACAAACGGAGUGAAUUAUAUUUGAUAGAGUGCGUUGAUGAAACAAAAGCUUAUGUUAGUGGAAGUGGUCCUGGAAUACUCUUAAUUGACACUUUAGGGAAAGAACUUGAAAACGUCAUCACUGAGGUUGAACCACAGGGUCUUGCUGUAAUGAUUGAUGGCAGUUUGAUAUUUUCCACGGGAAAUAAAAGAACCAUCGUUAAAGUAUCUCAUGAUAAACAGAUCUCCACGCUUGUAAAGGACAAAUAUGAUCUAAGAGGACUGUGUUGUACAAAAUCAGGAGACAUCCUGGCCUAUACAGGUUCUGAUGACACAGCUAGAGUUGUCCGAUACAGAAGCAGUGGAGAGAAGAUCCAGGAGAUCAUGUGCGACCACAACGGUAAGAAGCUUUAUAGCAAUCCAUGGUUUGUGUGUGAGAACAUAAACGGGGAUGUAUGUGUGGCUGACUGGUCAGGUCCUGAUAAACUGGUAGUGGUCAACAUGGAUGGAGAAUUUCGAUUCAAUUAUCACGGGAAAACUGGACAUCAGAGAACGAAAUUUUUUUCGCCGCGUGAGAUAGCCACUGACAGUCUGGGACACAUCGUGAUCUCGGAUAUUAUGAAUAAUGUCCUGCAUCUAAUCAGCAAGGACGGGGAAUUCAUCUCUUUCCUUUUAACACAGAAGGUUCGCCAUCCACAUGGACUAUCCAUUGACAAGUCGGACAACCUGUGGUUAGGGGAAUGCGAAAACUCUUGUGUCAAAAUAUACAAGUUUUUAGGCUAAAGAGUUAAAUGUAACAAAAUCUCAACGGAUGUUAGUGGUAACAUUCGGGACAUUUUAUUAACUUUUAUACGCCCGUCUUUAGACGAGACGUAUUAUGGUACAGCGAUGUAUGUACGUCCGUCCGUCCGUCAGUCUGUCCGUCCGUUCGGAGUUUUCUCUUUAUUAUUUCAUUUCCCUUUCACAUAUCAUGCUGAAAAUUGCUGUGUAGGUUCUUUGUGGGUCACUCUGGAUCAUACUGCAAUUUUGAUUAAUUUCGACCUUUUUCCCAGGAAUUUUGCCUCUUUAUUUGGAAAUAAUUAUUAUAUGGAGGGUACAUAAUUUGUCCGCCCUACUCCUCCCCCAGUUUUCAAGUGAGAGCCUUCCUUUUUGUGGAGUGUUUGUAUGGGUAUUGAAGAUAUGCAUGUGGGAUGGAUUUUGAAUUUCUCUAAUUUUUGAGAAAAUUACUAGUUGUUGAACUUAGUCUAUUUAGAAAUUAAUAUUCUAUAAAGGGUACAUAAUUUGUCUGCCUAACUCCUCCCACAGUUUUCAAGUGAGGACCUUCUUAUUUUGUGGAGUGUUUGUAGAGGUACUGAAGAUGUGCAUCUGGUGAAGAAUUUUGAUUUUCUUCCAUUUUUGAAAAAAAUGCAGGUUGUUGAACUUAGUCCAUUUUGAGGAAAUUUCAAUUUUUAAGCUAAGAUCCUUUGUUCAUAUGAAAGUUUGUCACAGCCUCAUGAUAGCUGAUACUACCUGAUGCAAAGUUAUACAAAUUAUAGCACAAGAAAAACACGCUAUGUAAGCAUUUCACGGGCGUAUUAUGUACCGUUUGCGGUACUCUUGUUACAAUGUUUGUGCCAUCGAUUUCUUUACAAAUUGUAAACCCAUUUUCUCAUGUAUGUGUUGCAAUUUAAACAAUUAAUAUGCGUAUGAAUACAGGUCAAUAUAGUACGUCUAUUUUGACAGCUUCGAAUUCCGACAGAAAAAAAGAGAGAGAAAAAAAUGUGUUGUAAAUUCAUCCUGAUGAACCAUGCCUUCAAUGUUUAUAAAUACGUGUGUAUUCUAUUUACGGGCUACAAAUUCGCGAUGGGCAUUGAUUGAUUAAGUAAAUCUGUGAAACAACUAGUCCUACUUGUUAUUGUUUCAGAUACGAUUCUGUGAAGAAUGAUUUAAAUAUUAAUUUUGAAUCAUGGUUCCUGACUGAAUAAAUUAAUGAAUGUGAUCCCAAAAUGUGUGCGUCCAUCCCCGAUUAACACUGUAUUCGAUAUCUUAUUGAGAUGUUUUAUUGUGAUUUUUGUGUUAUCAAUUAUUUUGCCAUUAAACCUCUCAGUAGUAAA